AUGUCCGCCAACCACGUCGCCCAGACCAAUCGCGCGCCGCCACCUCAGCCGUCGCCGCCCCGCGCCCAAUCCUCCGCCGCCAUGUGGCACCCCCGCCGCUCCGCGCGCCACCGUCCCACCGAGCCCGCAGCGGGCCCGCGUGACCCAUCCAUCCCCGCCGCUUUGCUCUCCCCGCGCCGCCCGCACCGGAGCCCCGCGCCACCGCCUUCGUCCGCUGCCCCGCCGCCAUUGUGCCAGUGCCGCUCGCCGCCUGAGGCCCGGCGAGCCAGCCGCCGCCGCCCGAGGCCCGAGUGCCUCCCUGGCCUUGCCCGGCUCGACUUCGCCCCGCCGCCUCCACUCCGCCGGCCGGCGAGCCGCCGCUCGCAGCCGAGCACCUCCGUCGAGCGCAGCUCCGCCGCCGCCUCGCCGCGGAUCCGGGACUUCUCGGGACCCAAGGACUUAUUUAACAACCCCGGGCCAGGGCUCCUCAUGAGUGUUGGUCCAAACCAGUCAACCGCUGAUGGCCGCCAGGGGAAAGAAGAACCCACGGUUGAACUGUUCAGAGAUUUCUUCUAUCUGAACCGCCACACUGAAUUUACAGAUGGGCCCAAUACUGAACUUGGUGGGGACGAUGAUCCGUUCUGGAAAAAGAAGUCGCAGGAUAAACCGGCGAAGACACCUCGUGUCAAGACUAAGGUCACCAAGAAGCCUGCCAAAAAGAAAAAUGCUGAACCAUCUGAACCACUUGUUGAUGAUGAUCUGGAUAAUCCGGAUUCAGAGGACGACGUUGAAGGCAGCCAAGCUGAUGAUGUAGAGGGAACACCUCAUUCAUCCUCUCGCGAGUCAAUGGCCACACAACUUCCAACCCUCAAGACGGUUCCUGGUGCCAAGCCUAGACCCAUCAAGAAGGCCCGGUUAAAUAAACUGGCUGACGAUAAUGUAGUUAUUGAACUUGAAAAAACUCCAGAUCCGGAAGAAACAAAUGCUGACGCCAUGCUUGAUGAUCCGCCACCACAAGAUUAUGACUUUGUUGUUGAACAAGUAGAGGUUGAUCCAACGGGCCAUGCUAAUAAAACGACAAGCCCGGUCUGA